CUUCAGCUUCAGCUUCAGCUUCAGCUAGAGGUAAAGAAGGCUGAUCAUGAGGACUCUUAGCAUGGUCCUGCUGCUCUCCCUGGCUCUGUGCUACUUCCUGGAUGCUGCACGAGCUGAAGACCAAGCCCAAGAUGCUAACUGUGAUAAGUACAUAGUUAAAUGCCCCAGAAACAGUGCUCCUGUCUGUGGCACUGAUGGAGUGACUUAUGGCAAUGAAUGUAUGCUGUGUCUUGAAAUGGAGGAAAAAGGAAUUAAGAUCCAGAUCAAAAAAUAUGGGAAGUGCUGAGGAAGCACAAUAAGCUGGGGUCCCCAUGGGGCAGCACCUUGGCUGACCUGCC